AUAUAAAUACCUUCCUCUCUCUAUUCUUUUUUCUUUAUCUCUCUAUAUUCUUCUUCAUUAUCAUUUUUUCUGGCUCUCCGGGAUCAAACCUCCUUUCUUUUCGCAAAUUAUCAUAUGGGGAGCAAUUGAGUGUACCUCCCAGCUGGUGUCCCCCGGAAACUUCUUUCUCUUGUCAUCAUUGGCAGAGAAAGAAGGCUAAAUCACUCUCUCUCUUUACCGCCCUCUUUUUUUUUUUUCCUAUCACUGUAUCUGCUCUCUUCUAUUUACGUGAUUAUGUCUCUCCUCUUUCUGCCCUCUUCUUCGCUCUGUCAUGUCCUCUGUCUGUUUCACCCUUGUGUUGCUCUUUGCUGUCUACUUUUUUCUCGUGAAGGCACCCUCCUAAAAAAAAAAUUCGAAAAAUCCCAAUUAUAUACCGCUCCCUGUAGCGUCACUGCUCCUCUUCUUCGCUGCCUUUCUUCUACUGAAGUAUUGCUCGCUCUGUCCCCCCCCUUCCCAGCAUGCCUUGUUUCUACUGAAACAUUGUUCUCGCCUCCGUCUCUAAGGAAACGUUUUCUCUUUGUUUCGUGGAAACAAUGUCUUUGUCUGUUUGUUUCUAAUGGAAUCAUUCCACUCGUCACCAGUAUUCAUGGAAUCAAGGUCAUUGUCUUUAAGUUUCUAAUGGAAGCAUCCAAUGACCUAGUAUUUUGUGGAAAAACUGUUCAGGCCCGUUUGUUUCUAAUGGAAGCAAUGUUCUCGCUCCCCCGUUUCCAAGAAAACGUUUUGUCUUUGUUUCUACUGAAGCAAUGGACUUCUUGCCUUUAUUACAAAAAAAAAAAUAAGAAAAGAAACUAUUCUGGAUCUUGGUCCUACCCUUUUUUUUCUCUAUCAAAUAAAGACAUCUUUAUAAAAACACUCUCUAUCGUUUAUUUAUUUAUUUAUUUUAAUGAGUACAUUUUUAGUUCUUAGGGCAAGGGUGAAAUAUAAAACACUUGAUGCAGUUCGAUCAAUAGGGGACAUCGCCGAUAAAUAGUUGAUUCUUAUUCAAGUAAAAACAAGUUUAUUUUUUUUACUCAUGUGUGCCAAGCGUUCAC